AUGUCAGGAGAUCAUAGUAGCUCCACGAUGAGAUCAUUUAGUCGUAGCAACUUGGGUAACUUGUACCAAUCAUUUAUCAAACGCAAGAAAUCGAUUAGUACGAGGAAAAGGACAGAUGCGCAUAUAACUGCAAUAGGGGUUAGAGACAAGGAACAAGCAUCGUUCUUACUAUUACCCACAAUAUCCACCAUGACUUCAUUGCCAGAUGUUGAGUAUGAUGAAACUGGACCUAGCAGCAUAGAACUUUCUACAACACCCAUACCACCAAUAUCAUCUGCCUUGCAACGCACAGAGUCUAGCACAUUUUUUUCGCGACUGAGUGGUCGGUUACGACGUUCACUUCAUUUGCUUUCAAAUAAACGUGAGCGACCCGUGAAGUUUCUAGCCGGUAACGAGGUGGAGGUCAAUGAGGAUGUGAGACCAUCAUUACUUCACGAAAACGGAGAGGAGACAUUCACGAAUUAUGCCAGUAUCAAAAUUGUUAAUUACGACGAAUCAAAUGGUGAUAUUAAGUUGGUCCGACAAAUCCUACACCGGAAUCGAUCCGAUGAAAUAAAGAAAUUGCUUAGAAAAAAAAAUUGGCCAGUGGGACACAGAAUACGAGCAAAUUUGUGGCAAGAAAUCUGUAAAUUAAACAAUCCAGAUUUUAAUGCGCACAAAGGUAGUUAUGAAUCUGAAGCGCAGGAGGAGGACGUCGGACAUUUUUCACCAAGACCUCGUUUUCUGUUGUCUCCGGAUAAUAUACAUAAUUGUUAUGAACUGAAUGCAAAUGGUAUAAAAGCACUUCAUCGUCUCAUUCAUGUCUUAGAUGCUACGAUUCCGACAUUGAAUUAUGCACCUUUGGUACAGCCUAUACUUGCAUUAUUUUUGCAUUAUAUGAGUGAGGAUGAUGCGUACGCUUGUGUCUUUUGGAUUCUUAAAAAUCAUUCAAAUUAUAUGAAAGGUUCUGCUCAGGCAAGUAAAGCUACAUCGUAUACACUGCUUGAACUUGUGAAGAUCCAUAAGACAGCAGUUUACAGAACUUUGAGAAAUUGGAUUGGAUCAUCUGAUGCAAACAUUCUGUCAAGAGCUUUGCAAAAUUGGCCGAGAUGGAUAUUUUGCGCCUUGCCAUUUGAACAUUUAAUUUGUGUUAUUGAUUGCUAUUUGUAUGAAGGAAGCAAAGUAUUAAUGAGAGUUGCUAUCGCACUGCUUAGUAUAUGGCACAAAAACGUUAAAAUACCGGAUGAUUUGGCCGAUAAAACAUGCCAAGAACGGAUUGAUUUGUUUGCGGAAAUGAUUGUUCAGAGUGUGAAUAAUGAAAAUAUUUCUGUUGCAGCUCUACUUGAAGCUGCUGUAAGAAUUCGGAAUUUUAGUGGCGCAAAAAUUGCCCGUUUUCAGGAGAGACACGAGAAGAUGAUUUUGCAGUCAGAAGGUCCCGAUCUUGCAGUAGUAGAUUUGCCGGCCGCCCAUAUAAAGCCCUUCAUUUCAAGCAUUGUUUCAUCAGAAGUUGCUUUUCAAUUAAUGUGUCAUUUGCCGGAAAAGUAUCAAUUAAUAACUCCGACAUUAAUUUACCACCUUUACGACGAUGGCACCUCAUUUUAUCGUUUGUGGACGAAAAUCGAUGAAGCAGAAUCAACGUUGCUAAUUAUCAAGACGGGCAAAAGUGAAGUUUUGGGAGCCUUUUGUGAUGAGCCAUGGGGAAAUCGAACAAAGAUACGUGAACGUGGAAGUGGAAAGUAUUUUGGCGGCGGCCUUUCGUUUGUCUGGAAUUUAGAUGAAAAUAAUCAAGUGAAUAAAUAUGAUUGGAAAGAAAAUCAAGCGGAGUGUUUUAUGGCCGCGCCAUAUGAUCGCGAGCCUACUAUUUUAAUGAUCGGUGGUAAUGCGAUAUAUAUUGUUGAUGAAUUAAUAAAGGGCUCAAGCUUGCCGGGCAAUACCUUUGGAAAUCCAGAACUGGUGAAGGGUGGUACAUUUAAAAUUUAUGAUAUGGAGGUAUUUCAAAUAUUUGAAUAA